GUCGGCUCAGCGCGGUCGAUUUGAAUCCGUCUGCGCUCGGCCUCUCUUAAGCAGGCGCUGCUAAGCCGCCGCCUCCGCUUCCUCCGCCGGUUCUUCGGAAGGUGCGUCCUUGUUUUCGCAGGGAGGCGAGGGGAACGGCUGGAAGCAGUGGGGCUGGCCCGGGCGGAGAGGGUAAGGGGGCUGCAGGGAGGGCGUGGGGGGCGGGAGAGAGAGACCCGUGGCUGGGAUUAGACCAGGGCUGGAGGCUGCCGGGAGGAUAAGGGGUAGGGGGAGCGCAUUAAACCCCACUUUUUAAAAUAAAUGUGCAACUCUUGUGUUCCUGUUCAUUUUCCCUUCGCUUCUCUACACUUUUGCCUGGAUGAGUGGGAGAACUUAAAAAAAAAAAAAGCCACAGAAGAAAUGUUGCGUUUUCCCCAAACUGCAUCCCUUAACUCACUUCCUCUUUUUUUAAAAAAAUAAAAAGUUUUUAUUCUGAAGGCUGCAAACUUACCACCCACUGGGGAUUACUUUUGAGCAACCCCUGUGGGGGGGCGGGGGGGGGGAGGCUAGCCAGAGUAUUUUUUUCUCUCUGAUCUGGGUAUAGCGUGUUAAAAAUCUAGUCUAUCUGGUGGGUUGGAGGGGAGACAGCUAGAGGUUCUUAUCUCUCCCCAUGUGCUUACCUAAUCCCCAAGAUCUCUUUCUCCUUGGCCUUUGUAAAUCUGCACUUGACUCUCCUGGCCUUAGCAUGUGGCCUCCUGUAUGAGCAAGCAGCACUUGGGAGCAGGAUUGUGGCCUUUUCAGACUGCAGGUUCUGUUGGCUUGACUAUUCUCAGGAUCAUAGGCACGGGAAGUAGUUUUCUGGAAUGCGUUUAAGCAGAUGUCACUUUACAGCUUGUACAAUAACUUAAUGGGUCUCUCCCACUUGGCGAACACCUAGCAAAUAAAUGCAAUAUUAAGAAGUGCAAACUACUGUCUCUCAUUCUUUCUAUAUGUAUCUGCCAACCUAAAACUAUAUAAACUCCCAAUAUGGACAUGUAAUGAUUGCCCUGGUGAAAAACUUUUGUCUGGGACUGGAAAGUGGAAGUGCAACACCCCCCCCCCAAAAAAAAAUUACUUUAGGACUUCUCAGUGUCCUUUGAUACCAUUAAUCAUGGCAUCCUUGACUGGCUUUUGUUUAGGGAGGUGGGAACACAAUACUACAAUGGUUCUCUUCUUCUGAGAUGGUCAGUAUCUUUGGUGGCACUAGGUGAUUUCUGUUCUGUCUUACUACCUUUGGCUUACGAGGAUUCCAUCUUAUCCCCAGUGUGUCACCCAUAGGCAGAUGACAUGCAGCUCUAUCUAUUUCCCACUCAAGAAAGGGGUCCUGGCUGACUCCAGCUGCAAAAGCCGAGGCUGCUGAAUAGGCCACAGACCAUUUUGGCUGUGCGUCCUGCCUUGCAGGCCUUUCUCCACUUGGCCUGAGAAGGCGGGGACCUGGCUGACUCCAGCUACAAAAGCUGAGGCUGCUGAUCAGAUUCCUGGAUCAGGGUGUCACUUGGGUUCUUGUUGCUGUUCAUUGAUAUUUGGUUGUGCUCUUUUAAAAGUUUUAUUUUUCUUUCUUGUUUGGGACUACUUUUGUAAUUAUGUAAAUCUUCUCAUGUUAUAAGCUGUUUGAGCAUGGUUUUAACUAUGGAAAGGUGACAUACAAAUAAAAUGAUGAUGAUGUGCAACCAGCCCUGGAUGUGGUAGAACUCCACCUGAGGAACCAGAUGUGCAGCUUGGGGGGUGCUCCUGGAUUUGUCACGGUCAGACACAGGUAGCUGAGGUGGCCAGGAGUGUUUUCACAAGCUCCAGCGUGUAUCUCAUAUGCAGCCCCUGUUUAGAUCAAUGAUCAGACCUGGCCUUGGUUAUCUGGUGACCUGCAAACUAGACUGCUGCAUUUUAUGAGGAACUGCCUCUGAAAACUGUCUGGAAGCUACAGCUGAUACAGAAUGUUGCAGCCCAAAUGUUGGUGGGAGCCAGAAGAUCUACGUAACUCAAGUUUUCCACUGGUUGGAGUAGCUACCUGUUUGCUUCCAGACCCAGUUCAAUGUGCUGGUCUUAAUCUUUAAAACACUAAAUUGCUUGGGACUUGGUUAUCUUCUAUCCUACCUGAGUGCUCUUCUUGAGUGCCUGCUUUUAAGAUAUGUUAGGCUGGCAUGCACAAGAGACAGGGCUUUCUUAUUGGUGGCGCUAAAACUCUAGAGCUUGCUUUCAAUGACUUCUGCCUUGCCCCUUUGAUUCUGGCACUUAUGCGGUCCCUCUCUAUGGCUGCUUGUGUCUCCAGGGCAGCUUUUGGUUAAACCUUUGCUUGCCCUUUCUCUGCAAAUUCUUAGCCUUUUCAACCCAGACUUGAACUGCUAUAGGUCAAAUUAACUGGAACGAAAGGGAAGGAUGUCUUCUAGUUGACUUCUUUUGCAGGAUGGCAGUAAUACGGCAAAAUACCUUUGCUUUAGCUUAAUUACAGCUGGCUGAAUUACUGCAGGAAGGAAAAGAUCUACGUGCCCCUGAAAACACACCAAAGUUUCUCUUUGAAAAAAUAAAUAAAUGUAGGGAUGCACCUGUCGCUACAACUGCUUGACUCUCUUUGUUCUGUUUCAGGCCUUUUCAUAUUGAGGAAUAAUGGACGACUACACAAAAAUAGAAAAGAUUGGUGAAGGUAGGUAACGUUUGAUCUAUUACAUAUUCUUUCUUUGUCUUGCAAAGAAGGCACCUAUAUACUUGGAAGCAAGUCUCAUCGAGUCAGAGUCAUUGAUGGCACUUACAUGGGUCAUGAGAGUCCCCCACUCACUAAUAAAAUGUAGCACCCCAAAGAACUGCAUGGUGUGCUAACCCACAUACCUGCCUAGGGAUGAUCACUGAAAAGCUUGCUUUGUGAUUCCGAAACUGCUUCCCUAAUAUUGUAUUUGCAAUUGGCACCCAUUCAUUACUACUAGUGAAUUUAUGAAAUGGGAAAUUUUGUGUGGAGAAAUAAAGCCCUGGAAAAUUAUCAGCCCCACCUCACUGAGCCCCCCGCCACUUUCCUUCGGUUGCUGCACAUGCACUUGUAAACUGAAUGCCCAAAUAGGACAUAGAUGUUUGCUCAGGGCAACGUGCUUCCACCCUUGCGCUGAAAGGCUUUGUAUCAUGUUAAGCCUAUGCCCUGGUUGUCACAACAUGGUGAUCUCAGUGGGGCAGUGUGGGCUCUUUACUCCCAUGGCAUGCUGAGCUAAGCCAGGCUUCAGCUUAGGGCAUCACCUAAACCUUGUGCUUGACCUCUCCUUGGAAACCACAAGUCAUAGCUAGUAAUAAAACUUGGCUACAGUGUGGUUGUUGAAGAGAGAGCUCAACCACUAGACCAGAAUCAGCAAGGCACGCUUUUUGACUGGUGCGGGUCAAUCUGCAAUCACGUGGAGACCUCUGGAUGCCAGGUUGGCGGCUGGGGGAAGCAAAAUGUCACUUGGAGAAGGAUCUGAAAUAUUUUCCUUGAAGCUUGAAUUGAUUUUAUUCUGGAUUGUUUUAUUUGAUGUUUUAAUGUGUUGUAAACCGCUUUGAGAUUCGUUCUUUAAAAUCUAAAGUGGUAUAAAAAGGAAAUGAAUAAAAUAAUAAUACAUUCCUUUGUGGCGACCAUAACCCAGGUUUAAGGUGCCAUUUGGCAAUUAAGUUACAUACCUGAGUUUCUAACACUGCAGAAGACACUGCUAGCUCAGUGGGAGUUCACACAUUUGGGUUAGCUUAAUGCAGGGGUCAGCAAGCUUUUCUGGGGGUGGGCCAGUUCACCACACCACAGACCUCCGGGUGGGCCGUAGUGCAUGUGUGUGCGCACGCAUGCGCACACGGCGGAGGGGGCUUCUCUCUCCCCCAGCCCCUCCCGUCCUCCUGCAUACUUAGGGUGCUGCCAGGAGGCAGAGGCUGGUGGCGGCAGCGUCGGAGGAGGAACGAGCAGCCCAAAAGGGCUGCUUUCGGGCUGCUCGUUCCUCCACCGACAGCCUCUGCCGCUUGCAAGGGCAGGCACAGCAGCUGCGCUUGGCAGAGUGGCGGCAGCAAACAGCUUGCUCUGACAAGGGGCUGCUGGAAAUGCGCUCAGCCAGCUCAGCCCAACCCCCUUCCUCCCCACGGCCAUGCACAGCAGCCGCUCGCCCAUUGGCCAGGGCCUCAAACCUUAGCAAGUGAUUGGCUGGUGAUUUGCUACACUGUGAGGAGGGAGGAAGUUCCACCACGGUGAGGGAGAGGGGGGGAAAUGUCGUUGGAAAAAAAUGGCCCUGCUCCACAAAAAACCCCCCACAGGUUACCCUCACCUAUCCAUGGAACUGGUUCUGGGAGGCCCAUGGGCCUUAGGUUGCCGACCUCUGGUUUAAUGUAUUGUGCAAACCUGGUGUCUGAGUCCAGAGGAUUAAACUGGAGCUUUCUCCCCAUUAGGCACUUAUGGUGUUGUGUAUAAAGGCAAACACAAAGCUACAGGCCAAGUGGUGGCCAUGAAGAAAAUCCGGUUAGAGAACGACGAAGAAGGUGUUCCCAGCACUGCAAUCAGAGAGAUUUCCUUAUUAAAAGAGCUACGUCAUCCCAACAUAGUCUGGUAUGUCUACACCUGUAUAACCUGGGUUUUAACUGUAAAAUGGGGUUUUCGUCCUUUUUUUUGGCACUCGCUGAGUCUCCUGAAUUACACCUAAAAAUGUGAGGGCGUCUUUCAUGCGUGAUGAUGAGGGAAUUGGAGUUGGAAGGUACCCUGAGGGGUCCGGCUGGUGAUGAGUUAAGCAGCAGCUGAUGGCAUGAUUGGGCUAUAAUGCUCACCUGACCUCUUUCUGGCUGCGUUGCUGCAUGUUAGAAUGGGCCAGCCUGGUUGUAAACACACCGGCAGGAGUGCUGGCUAUACAGCAGUGACUCCACUGGAGGGAGGUCGGGUUGAGCAGAGCAGCUUGCUGUCCACUAUUGGUCUUUAAGACACAUAAGGGCUGGUCCUUUCCAGCUUUUCUCACGUCCCCGUCCCAACAGACAGACACAAAGCAAGCCCUGCGUUUAAGGUUUUGUCCUGUGCAAAAGUGGCUGAUGGUAAGCCCCACUGAACAAACCUGAAAUUAAGUUCCCCAGCAAAAGUGCUUAGAUGUGUCCUGCGCUUGUCUGUUCUACAUGCAUAUGAUUCGUGUUUCUUUAGGUAGGCUGGAUACUUAGUUGCCCUCUAUAGACACUAAAUGUAAUUAGAGUUUACAAACAAUCUUAUGCAUGUGGAGAGGAAGAGCACCUCAGUUUGCAUAUAUUCUGCAGGGUUUUUGUAGCAUGCAAGGUGGCAUGUGUGGUACCAAAAGAAAAUGCUUACUAAACAAUUGAAUGUGAAGCGUUUCAAAGUCCUUGUCUUUCAGUGGGAGAGUUCAGCAUAUGCUUAAAUGCCUUUAAGAUCAGUGGGACUGAAAGAUGCUUAACUGUGGCUGGACCAUGCUCAUUUUUUUACAUCCUUGGUUAUUUCAGCAUACUUUUAAUAACAGACUCAGACUUUCUCAAGGAAGGCUCCAUGCUGCUUCAGAGGGCCUAGUUAUUUUGACUUAACUUGGUAGAGCUUCUCUGUUGAACCACCACCAGGAAUUAAGGCAGUUUAAUUAUGAGAAGGUAACUUGAGUGGGUGUUACGCCUAAAGCCUAACCUGGAGGUCUGCCCAAAAUUUUGGUUAAAUUUAAUGCGUAUCUGGCUUGAAUACGACUAAAUUUGUUGCUCAGAAAAUCAUACACCUAGUUUAAAUCCAAAGCUCUUCUGAAUUCAACAUUUCUAAGCAGUGAAUUCUUCCAACUCUACAAAUCUUUGGGGGGGGGGCAGAGCAUGUUCAUAUGGAUGUAUAUUUUGCUCUAGGAGGCUUAGUUUGGUCAGAAUCAAGUAUACACCUCCAAAGUUAAUGCUAAAUACGUUACUUCUGGUAAAUGAGUCACCAUAGCAGCUAGAGGGCUGUGAAAAUUUGUGUCCCGGGUUUUUUAGACUCAUCUACCCAUGUAGACGCGGGUGGCGCUGUGGGUUGAACCACAGAGCCUAGGGCUUGCCGAUCAGAUGGUUGGCGGUUCGAAUCCCUGCGACGGCGUGAGCUUCUGUUGCUCAGCCCCAGCUCCUGCCAACCUAGCAGUUCAAAAGCACGUCAAAGUGCAAGUAAAUAAAUAGGUACUUCUCCGGCAGGAAGGUAAACGGCGUUUUCGUGCGCUGCUCUGGUUCGCCAGAAGCUGCUUAGUCAUGCUGGCCACAUGACCCAGAAGCUGUACGCUGGCUCCCUCGGCCAAUAAAGUGAGAUGAGCGCCGCAACCCCAGAGUCGGCCACGACUGGACCUAAUGGUAUGGGGUACCUUUACCUUACUCGUGUAUUACCUGAAACCAAAGCAGAACGUUGGUUGCCAGAUGUGAAGUAUAUUGGCAUUUUUCUCAGCUCUCCCACCCCACUACAGAAACAAGGGCUGAUAGUACUAAGCAGAAUACUAUACUGGGUUGAGUGCCUAAAUGUUCACCUUUGAAACAACUAUAUGCACCCUGGUGAACAUACGCUUAAGUAACUAAGUGUAUUAAGCUAGUUUCAUUUAGGCCUCUCUGUUUCACAUUAAUUUAUAAUUCUCAGUCAUCCGUCAUCUUCAUAAGAUUUAUAGCUGUAAGCUUAAUGGAUCAGGCAGCAUGUGUAAUUACCAGCUUUCACAUAGGCAUGUAUAUGCAGUGAACCUGCAGAAACCUUAGCUCGGCAUGUUACGAUGGCUGAUUAGAUAGAAGUAUAAUAAACUAUGGGAUGUUCGUCCAGUUAGAUGAAGGGGCCUUAGUGCUGCGUAUAACAAACCCACAUUGUAUGCUUGGUGAAAAGAUUUGAACUGUUUUGACUUUCUUAAAUAAAGGAAAAUUCUUUUCAGUCUUCAGGAUGUGCUUAUGCAAGACUCAAGACUUUACCUGAUAUUUGAAUUUCUUUCUAUGGAUCUCAAGAAAUACUUGGACUCCAUCCCAUCUGGGCAGUACCUAGAUCGUAUGCUUGUUAAGGUAAGGAAACAAUACUGCAGACGGGUAGCUUUUGCCCUACCUGCCCACGGAACCCCGUCCACGUUGAUCUGUCUGCCAGAGACUCUUGAGGUGAAUUGGUAAGAGUAGGCAAGUUGUGUUGGGCCAAUGCUUCUCCGUCAUCACAGUCCUUGACAUCCAAGAUCCUUUUGUGAGAUCCCAAAGCGCCGUGAGGAUAUCUAGGAACAAAGUUUGAAAAUGACUGCUGUGAAUUGUUCUGCAGCAAAUAGCUGCAGCAGCCUGGCAUAAGAACUGGUGGCCCACGUGGCAGCCAACAGGCAAUUCCGAAGCCUGUCUUGAGGACCACAGGUAUAGCAGGGCUUUUGUGUUCUCCAGUUCACAUCUUAAAGGUUAUUCCCAUUGUGCUAAUUCAGUGUUCUAGAAUCAAAACAGGGCAGUACAGUGGUACCUUGGUUCUCGAACGGCUUGGCUCCCACAUGCCACAAACCCAAAAGUAAGUGUUUUGGUUUGCGAACGUUUUUUGGAAGUCGAACGUCCGACGCGGCUUCCGACUAAGUUCAGGAAGCUCCUGCAGCCAAUUUGGAAGCCACGACUUGGUUUUGGAACGGUUUGGGAGUCGAACGGAUUAAGUUCGAGAACUAAGGUACCACUGUAAUGGUCUUUUAGGUGGCUUACUGAAAUUUGAAGCUGACCCUUUGUAAGAAGCAGCUUUUCUAGCCAUUUUAUCUAUAAAAUCACCCUAGUAAAUGAUGUGGAGUUGCCACUGCAACAUCAUAUUGAAGUUAACCGCGUGUGGAUCCGCUUGUCACCAUUCAUUUGUCUUUUGUUUUAGUUGGUGCCAUCAGUGUUCAUGAUGUUUCGGUUUCACAGAACUGUAGAGUUGGAAGGGUCACCAGGGGUCAUCUAGUCCAACCCCCUGCAAUACAGGAAUCUCAACUAAAGCAUCCACGACAGAUGGCCACCCAGCCUCUGCUUAAAAACCUCCAAGGAGAAGGAGAGCCCACCGCCCCUCAUGGGAGUCUGUUCCACUGUCAAAGAGCUCCUACUGUCAGGAAAGGUCUACCUGUUGUUUUGCUGGAGUCCUCCUUUCUUGUAACAUCCGCAAAGAUAGGUCCCGAGCCCCGUAAAGCUUGAUAGUGGACAGGGGGAGCGGGGGUGCAUUUCAGCAAAUGAGGUGUAUGUGAUUGGACUCACGUAGCCUGGAUUGCAGACCGCUAGGAACCUAGUGUAAGCGGCUUCAUUCUUCUAAAGCAGCCUUUCUCAACCUGUGGGUCCCCAGAUGUUGUUGAACUACAACUCGCAUCACCCCUAGCUAGCUCAGGAAUGAUGGGAGUUGUAGUCCAACAACAUCUGGGGACUCACAGGGUGGGAACCGCUGUGAGGGAUGGAAGGUUUUGUAAUACCUAUUUUUACCACACCUGUCCCGUCUUGCCCUUCUCCUUUGGGCAGACAAGAGGUGAAGUGCAUGCCCUUCUGAACACGCCGUCUUCCAAUGCCAACUCUGUUUUAAUAUUCUUUCAGAGUUACUUGUACCAAAUCUUUCAAGGUAUUGUGUUCUGUCACUCGAGGAGAAUUCUGCACAGAGACCUGAAGCCUCAAAACUUGUUGAUUGAUGACAAUGGAGUAAUUAAACUGGCCGACUUCGGCCUGGCUCGAGCUUUCGGCAUCCCCGUGCGGGUCUACACCCAUGAGGUAAGGGACUGUGGAUCUCUCUGCGCUAAAUCCUACACUAAAAGUUAUAAGCUGUGGAUUGUUGAAAGAACCAAUGAUUUGGGGUUUAGGCAAUAAAAGCAUUUGUGUUAAAAGCAGCUAAUAAAAAGCAGUAAAACAACACCAGGAAAGAUGGGGUGGAAUGUCAAGAAGAAACUAUAAAGGUAAAGGGACCACUGACCAUUAGGUCCAGUCGUGGCCGACUCUUGGGUUGCGGCACUCAUCUCGCUUUAUUGGCCGAGGGAGCCGGCGUACAGCUUCCGGGUCAUGUGGUCAGCAUGACUAAGCCGCUUCUGGCGAACCAGAGCAGCGCACGGAAAAGCCGUUUACCUUCCCGCUGGAGCGGUACCUAUUUAUCUACUUGCACUUUGAGGUGCUUUCAAACUGCUAGGUUGGCAGGAGCAGGGACCAAGCAAUGGGAGCUCACCCCGUUGCGGGGAUUCGAACCACUGACCUUCUGAUCGGCAAGUCCUAGGUUUAACCCACAGCGCCAAACACGUCCCAUGAAGAAACUAUAUAUGAUGAUAAAUGCCUUGAAAUACCUUUGGAUAAUUAAUUUAAAAAAUAUAUGGAAAAAAUAAUUCCUACACUGAGGCUUGCAAGUUUUUUUCCCAUUUAAUGUUGCUUAUUAAGGAGGUUGCUGCAUGCUAUUAAGAAGAGCCCUGUUGAAUCAGACCCCGGUCUGUCUAGGGCUGGGUGACGUCUGGUGUUCGAUAUCACAAUAUAUCACCAACUAAACAUUAUGAUAUCUCGAUAUAUCAUGCUAUGUAUCUGCAGUGGCAGAGGGCCUCCCAGGAAUCCCUGUGGUGGCGGAGGGCCUCACUGCACCUAUUCACGGUGGCGGUUGACCUCGCCAGGCCUCCCUGCGGCAGCAGAGGACCCCACUGCGCCUCCCUGUGGAAGCGGAGGGCUCUGUGGGUAUCCUCACAGCAGACCUCACCACACCUUCCCACAGUCGUGGGGGGCCUUGCUGCGCCUCCCCAUGGCAGUUGGGGGCUUUUAAGAUGUAAGGAAGUAGUGGACUUAAUAAAAAAACCAGGGAGCUCAUGGAGGAGCUUUGAGCUGGAUGCUGUUGCUCUGUGUGAUCUCCUUUUACAUGAUAGCUAUGCAGAUGAAAUGCUGUUGAUCGUGGAAGAAAGGACUGAGACGAUCGGGGCAAGAAUUCACCUCGAACAAUUAAUACACGAACUUCCUUGAGUAUAUUCGCUUACAAAAUAGGAACUAGAAAACUCGGCGGCUUUUUUUCUUUUUCUUUGAAAAACGACUUCAGAAACUGGUGUGCUGAUUCCAGAAAUGUCGUAUACUGGACAGUGUGGUUGAGUGCAGUAAUUCAUGCAUAAUUGUUCCAAAGCACGUUAAAUCCUUCCCCCCUACCACCCAGCUGGUGGGGUUUUUUUAAUUAAAAAAAGCCUUCUAAUGCCCACUGUUCUUGUGCUAGGUAGUAACUCUGUGGUACAGAGCUCCAGAAGUGCUGCUAGGUUCUGCACGUUACUCCACACCUGUCGAUAUAUGGAGCAUAGCGACGAUAUUUGCUGAAAUGGCAACCAAGCAAGCACUCUUCCGUGGAGAUUCAGAAAUUGAUCAGUUGUUCAGGAUCUUCAGGUAUCUAACUUAAAAUGAGAAAAGUUUGCGGUCUUGUUUUCCUUCCGCGGAAAUGUUGUAUCCCAUCGGUCUGAUAAUUGUGUGAAUUUAAUUUUUUUUAAAAAUUAUUAUGGUGCAAUGAAUUGAGGCCUGUGGUUUUCCGGUGUCAUAAUGGCAAACUGCUAAACAAAUAGUUCUAAUUUGAAACAAAGUACGGUCCUUGCUAUAUUUGCUUUGAAGCACGUCCCACUUACUUCAAAGAGACUGGCUUAUUAUUGGUAAGUAUACUCGGGAGUGCAGCCUUGAUAGCCGGAUCCUAUGAACAAUGCGUAGAGGAUAUCAUAAACAGACUGUUCAGAUGUUGUUGUCAGGUGAGGGUAUUGCAGCAGUGUCUUGUCAACUAUUUCUCUGGCAAUUGCUGUUGAUGCUGGGUUUGGAUAUAGUGAACUGAUAUGUAAAAAGUACUACUUUGGCAACAGCUGGCAUGACGGAUUAUGUUGAAUCCAUUUCACUUCUUUUAAGUGCACUGAGCAUGCUACUCACGUUGCUUCUGUAUGUUAUGGAGAAUAUUUUUAUUACAAGGUUUUUUAUUUUCUCUUGCAUAGCCUUCUUUGUGGUUCAAAAACACAGUGCAGAUAUCUCUCCCCCCCCCCCCCCAUUUUGGCAGUACAGUCUUAUUGACGCACAUAUAUUUAAAAGUCGAGAGUUCCAACACAAGGCUGCAUAACUUGUGUCUCGGUUAUGUUGGAUUCUGAAGCAUCACUGCAAGGAUCUUUCAGUAGGUAACACUCAAAGUGUCUGGCUGAAUCCAUUCGAGCAGAUUUGCCAAGGCUGCUUAAUCAACCCCCUUUUGACUGUUUUCCUUGCAGAGCUUUGGGGACGCCCAACAAUGACGUGUGGCCGGAAGUAGAAUCCUUGCAGGAUUACAAGAACACUUUCCCCAAGUGGAAACCGAGCAGUCUGGCCUCUCUGGUGAAAAACCUGAAUGAGGAUGGACUAGACCUGCUUUUGGUAAGCGACUGUUUCACUCUCAUAAAACUUGUGUAUCAUUUUUUAAAAAAAAUUCAUUCUGAUGCAACAUAGACAGUGUUGUACCUUACUGAAAUAAUUUUGUUUUCCCUGUGCAUAAGCCUGCAUAGAGUGCAGUGUAUCCAGAUGUAUGCAGAUAAGCUGUUUAAUGUUCUUGGGGUUUUGUACAUCUAUAAAAAUACAAGACAGAGAGGCCUGCUGCCUUGGAGCAAAGGCCGACACAGUCCAGCGUUGUACUUGCCACUGGUGCCCACCUGCACACCUUUGGAAGCAGGGCGCAAAGGCAAAAGCCCUCCCCAGCUGUUGCUUCUCCAGCUGCCUCUGAACAUGGAGGUUCUACUCUACUGCCAUGGCUGUCCGCUACUGAUGAUAAACAAGCUCAUGGAGAUGUCUAAUCUCCCCCCGAAAAGCCAUCUGAAACCGUGACCAUGGCUGCAAUUGUAAGGGAUGUGAAUGCUGAAAAUAUAAUUGUGUGAAGAAGCACUUGGGGUUCUUGUUGUUGUUGUUGUUCAUCAGUCCUGGAACAAAAGCCGCAUCAGUUUCAUAGGGUGACCCAGAAUUCUAGCGCACUGACAGAGGAGUCUUUCGCGCUCUUGUCUACAUAUCCACACUGGGUUUUAUAAAAGUCCUCUCUCCACCCCAUCCUCACUCCUGGUUUGUACCAGUUACCAAAUUGUCACAGGAUGAUUCCAUUCUCGCUGGAGAACCUGCGGAGGUUUACUGGGCAAAGUUAACAGGCUGUAGUUGGUGCUGUGGGUUAAACCACAGAGCCUAGGACUUGCCGAUCAGAAGGUCGGUGGUUCGAAUCCCCGCAACGGGGUGAGCUCCCAUUGCUCGGUCCCUGCUCCUGCCAACCUAGCAGUUCGAAAGCACAUCAAACUGCAAGUAGAUAAAUAGGUACCACUCCGGCGGGAAGGUAAACGGCGUUUCCAUGUGCUGCUCUGGUUUGCCAGAAGCGGCUUAGUCAUGCUGGCCACAUGACCCAGAAGCUGUACGCCGGCUCCCUCGGCCAAUAAAGCAAGAUGAGCACUGCAACCCCAGAGUCGGCCAUGACUGGACCUAACGGUCAGGGGUCCCUUUACCUUUAGUGGGUUACAUUACACAUUGACUCACUCUGUUGCUUUCAUAAGGCGUGGAUGCCAAAUUCACGCCAUCUCCUUCAGAAAAGGAAGAGUGGAGAAGCAUCAGGUGGGUUGGACAUGAGCACAUUUGAGUGUCUAUUUCAUAGGUUAGGUCACCUGUGUAGCAGAUAGAAGAGGCAUGUGAAGAGUGUGCCAUAGAAUACUAAUAUAUGAACUGGGGCUCAGGUCAGCAGCCCAAGUGUUGACGUUGGGAAGCAAGUGAUGGUAUUAAGCUAGGGGCAGGUGAGAACACAUCUUUUCUCACCCUAAAGGUUUUGGCCUAGUGUCUAAUACUUCUAAAAGAAGAGGAACUCGAAUACUGUACAUCUUGGUCUGAGAUUCAUCAUGGAAAGUCCAGUUCUGAGGACUCUGAUCUCUCUAGGCUCCCCUACAUAGCAAGAGGCCAGUGUGUAACCUGCCUUUGUUUCCACUUGCAGAAAAUGUUGACCUAUGAUCCAGCAAAAAGGAUUUCUGGCCGCGUGGCUCUGAAUCAUCCUUACUUUGAUGACUUGGACAAAUCCAAACUACCAGCCAAUCGGAUCAAGAAAUGCUAACUGCCCCUGAAUGUGGUUGAAGCAGAAAUACUGAAACUCGUGGUAUUUUUUCCCCACUGUCGAAGUUUAUUGAUAUCCCUGUUUUUAUAUGUGUCUGUCUUGUCCUAUCCUAAAACUGUAGCCCUGUCUAUAGAGUGCUUUGGUUUGAAUCUUCCUUUAAUUGUAAAUAUUAACCUAUUCACUUUCAAUAAAGCUGUACACUGCUCAGUGAAGCCCAC